AUGAAUCGAUUAGAAAAACCACAAACUUUAUCAUUUGAAUAUAAUGUUGAACAUUUUGGUGUAAUUUUUGAAGAAAAUUUUGAAAAUAAAUUAUUUCUUUAUCUGAAGAAAAAUAAAUUACAUCUGAAGAAAUUCACAUUUUACCAAUUCAAUGGUGGAAAAUUAUUACAUAAAUCUACAUAUGAACAAAAUGAAAAAUUGUCUCUUCAAUUUGGUAAAAUACAAAUAAUAUAUGAUGAUAAUCUUAAAAUCGCAAAAGAUAGAACUAUUGAAAAUAUAGAUUUUUAUAGAAAUGGAUACCCAUUAUAUAUUCAAGCAAAAUUUCGAAAUCUAUGCACAAAUUGUAAAAAUAAAAACAAUAAAUCUUGUUCAUAUAAUUACUAUUAUGAUGGAAUGAAAGAAGAUAUUUUAAAAUUUGAUAAGAAACUAUCAGAAUAUAAAAUACCUAUUUUUGGAAUGUUUAUCGUUAAUGAAUUUGUAGAUCUUCCUUAUAGUAAAAUCAAACAACUAAAUUUAAAAAACCAAAUACAAAUAUUACAAUAUUCAGAUGCUUUAAUUGAUGAUAUUAAUGAAUUAGGAAAUACUUUUUUAAGAAAAGAUCAUAGAUUUAACAAUAUUAAAAUCAAAAAGAAUUUUUAUGAAGAAUUAAAAAUAAGUUCAGUUUAUUGGUAUUUUGAAAGUUAUCUAAACAAAAUUAAUAAUUCUGAUAAAUUUUUUUAUGAUAAUUUAAAAAUUUUUUAA